AUGACUUCGAAAGAGAUAAGUACUGAACACCCCCUCCCUAAAAGUAUCCACAUAAACUUUCUAGACCAAUCUUCAGAUGAUCCAAACCAAACAAAUUCCAAUAUUCUUGCAAAGGAGUACACUUUAGAUAUUCCCCGAAUUCCUUCAGUGGAGUUACCAUUGUGUGUUUCAGGAAGACCUGAAAGUAUCGCCAAAGCAGUAAGUAUGUGUGGCGGUAUAAAUAAGAUAAAAGAUAUGUUGAAAAAGAGUACCGACCCAGAGGUUGAAAACUACUUGGAAUUAUACUUAAAUGAUAAGGAUAAUAAAAACGAUGGAGGCAGUAGUUUCUUCAAUGAACACCCUAUAAUUGGUAAACCGGUCCCAUAUAGAGAUAGUUCAGUUGUAUUGAAAAUAGUUAUGCCAAAGGGUACCAUGAAGAAACAUGAAGGUAACGUUCAGAAGUCUUUGGCCUCGUUACAUUCAAAUGAUUAUAAAAUUACCCCAGUUGCUGUGGUUGAUAACACAAUAAAGUUUAGAGAAAUGUCUGAUUUUCAAUACUGUCUGGACAAUGUUCCGGCUGCAAAUGAAUAUGUUCAAAGUUUUGGUUCAUUAGAAUGGCAGAAUAUCAAACAAUUAGUAGAUUCUGUUCCUGUUAAUGAUACAAAGCCUCAAGAAAAUAUUAGCAACUUAAUUUUUAACAGAGGACUAAAGUCUCCAAGUUCUGACUAUCAAUUAAUACCCCCACCGAGAUUAUCUAUGAUUGGUUUCCCUCAUUUGUACAAAUAUAGAAAGAAUCCUUUAGCCGUUAAGAAAGCAGAUGGUGUUUCUGAAGUGAAGGGUUCAUACAUUAAAAACUAUCAACUAUUCCUACACACAUUAGGCGAUAAUGUCAAGGUACCUAUAGAGCCGCACAACAAUUUACAACAUGAUUAUAAAAUCGCCAAAGAGACUAAAAUAUACCCAGGUACAAAACAAUCUUCUAAAUUUUAUGAGUCACUGGAAGAAUGCUUGUCUAUAUUGGGACAUCUUUUCGAGAAAAGACCUAUAUGGAUAAAGAGACAUUUAGAUGGUAUCAUCCCUAAAAGAAUACACCAUACUCUGAAAAUUGCACUGGCACUAAUUACAUAUAGAUUCACUAUGGGACCAUGGAGAAAUACAUACAUCAAAUUUGGUUGUGACCCAAGACUAUCAAAAGUGUAUGCCAAAUAUCAAACCGAAUAUUUUAAGAUUGAAAGAAAACUACUGUCUUCACCAACUGUUAGAAAGAAUAUUCCAAAAUUAAGCGAAUCUGUCUUUGAAUCGAACGUUCCUGGUGAUAUUGAUACAAGAUUCAGAUUUGAUGGUAAACAAAUUCCAUGGUAUUUAAUGCUACAAAUCGAUAUGCUAAUUUGCGAACCUAACGUGGCUGAAGUGUACGACAAAGUCCAAUAUUUGGAUACACCUAAUGAAAUUACAGGUUGGUUUAGUGAGCUAGACUUGGUCAAAAUAAGGAGAAUUGUAAAAUAUGAAUUGGGUUGUCUUGCUCAAGGUAAUCUUGAUUUUAACAAGUACAAAUUAAAAUACUUCAAGACGAUGCAAUAUGUGAAAGAAUCUUUAAUAAAUGAAAAGGAUAUUAAGGAAUCCCAAGCAGUCGAUGGAGAUGGUGACAUUGAUAUGGAUCGUGAGUCGAAUGAGAAUAACACAAACGACAAAGAAUUCAAAGAUAUUACAGAAUCUAUUAUAGAUGAAGAUGAAGAUGAUGACAAUGGGAUUAUUGCGGGCGAGGUCGAUGAAGACGCCCUUGAUGUUGAUGAAUCUGACUCCAACGAAAAUAUCCUCAUUGCUGACGCGAUGGAAGACGAAAUGACUGAAUCUAAAGAAGAUUUUGAUCUCGCAUCUGCCAACUUUCAAGAUGUCGUUGCACGUAUCAUGGAAUCUGACCCAGUUACAGCAAAAAGGUUACAAUUAGAAUUGGAAGGGUUCGUAAAUAUAAAUAAGAUAUAA